AUGCGUCCGCUGCGGUUGUGCUGUAAAAGCGGCGUUGGCCCUCCACCGCUGUUGUGGCUUCGCCCACUCCUGCGGCGUUUCGCGCAGGCGGCGGACGGCGGAGACCGCGCGUUUAGACGUCGCCCCGCUGGAGCGCUGCGGGUGGCGCUGCGGCGGCAGAGCACAAUGCCGCCACCUGCUCCCCCUGCGGGGGGCGAAGACGCCGCCGCAGUUCCCCCCCGCGGCACGCUUCGCACCGUGCGCCUGCACAACAUGCCCCGCACCUGGCUGCACGAGGAGGUGCUGCAGUUUCUCCACCAGGUGGCGGAGCACGCCGGCAUCGCCCCCCCGCCCGAUGCGGCGGCGGCGGCAGCGGCUGAGGACGAGGAGGACGAGGCGUCGGCGGUGCCGCACGUCACCUCCCCGUUCGUCGCCCGCAUGCACAUCCCGUUUGGGCGUCGCACCGGCAUCGUCUUCGGCUCCCCCACCAUUCAGCUCACCUCGGAGGCCCUCGCCCGCUACCUGCUGCGCGACCUGAACUUUGACCCGGACGACUACCGCAGCCGCAUUUAUUUCACGGAGGUGGCAGGCGACACGCGCCACGCGUCCACGGCGCCGCCCACCGAUCCGGAGGCGUCGCUGCGGAGGGAGCAGCAGGAGGCCCUCGAGACGCUUGAGCUGGACCGCUACCUGAUGGCCCCCGACCUGCUCUACGACAUCGCGAAGAUGCGGCAGCGGCGGCUCGUGACGCGGCGGUCGAAGCUGCUGCUUCGCACCUUUGCCGACGCGGAGAGCCCUGCAGAGGCGCCCGACGCCGAUCCGGCUGGUGAGACUAAAAGUGGACGGUCGGCACAGCGGAAAAAUUCGCCGCAAACGCUGCGGUGCGCUGGCGACUACAAGGAGUUGGGGCGUGGCUCCGUUCACAGUGUGCCGCUCGCUCUGCCCUACGUGCAGGGCCGUCGCGGCACAUGA